AAGAACAUUGCUGAAGCAACAGAUGCAGUAGAUACCUCCAGCACAGCUCCACCUUCACCUACUAUCCACCUCCAACAUGUUCUGCUCUUCAUCUGCUUGAAACCAUGAAGGUUUCUCGUCUUAAAAUCUUAUUCUUAAUCUUGGCUCAUAUUAUCUUGGUCAUCCUGCUGCUAGUCUUAUUUGCCAAUCCUGUAAGUGAACAGCAAUAUCCAAAAAGGGCAGAUGAAUCUGAAGAACAUCUGCAAAAUGAAUUCAACCAACAGUUCCGAGAUUAUGUAAACCCCAUUGAGGACUUCUUGAUGAUCACUACAGAAACAAAGGAAGAGCCCCCAGAUAAAGUCUUGGAUAUCCAGCUAAAUAAAACAACAGAGCCAGCCAAAUCAAUGAUAACUACCAAAAAGCCACUCAACCAAACACAAUCCAAAUCAAACAGAACCAGUCUGGAUGUUCCGUCAACAACUUUAGAACAAACAACUUGGAAAUCUCUUAAGGCAAAUAACUUUACUGCUGAGCCAAAGUGGGAAUUUGAGGAGGAUUAUAUCCUGGUGACUUCCUCUCAUCAUACCACCUGCCCGUUAUCUAUAAAAAUUAAAGCUCACAACGUGUCUUGGCUGAAAGAGAGGUUCCUACAUGAUAUCACCAUAUUUAUGGAUGCCCGCCACUUCAACAAUCAGGAGUGGAGAAGAUUGGCACACUUCAUUCCUCCAUAUGGCUGGUGGGAGUUAGAGUACCCAGUGGUGAAGGAAGUGAUGUCCGUCCUACCUUAUGUUCCCGAUCAGCAGCUGCUCCUCGCAGAAAGUAGAGGGAAAGCUCCAGGCUGCGUUACCUGUGCUGUGGUGGGAAAUGGAGGAAUUCUCAAUGCGUCUCGAAUGGGAAAAGAGAUUGAUUCACAUGAUUAUGUAUUUCGGGUUAAUGGAGCAAUGAUUAAAGGAUAUGAGGCUGAUGUGGGAAUGCGGACCUCAUUCUACGGCUUCACUGCUUUCACAAUGCUAUCUUCCUUCUAUUUGCUAAACAGGAGAGGAUUCUCCACUGUUCCCAAGGACGAGGAGACAAAGUACAUUCUUUUCACGGAAGGACAGAGAGACUUUGAGUGGCUGAAAGCUGUACAGCAGAACAAAGAGCUCGGCCAGGGUUAUCUACGGCAAUACCGGGUCCGUCCUCGGGAAGACUUUGGGAACAAUUUUGACUUUAAGAAGUUGUUAGUUGUCCAUCCAGAUUUCUCACGGUACUUGAAGAACAGGUUCCUGAGAUCAAACAUACUCAAUGGACAGUGGUGGAGAAUAUACAGGCCUAGCACAGGGGCCUUGGUUCUGUUGACAGCAUUACAUCUGUGCGAUGUGGUCAGUGUCUAUGGUUUCAUGACAGAAGAUUUCCGAGAUUAUGCUGAUCAUUAUUAUGACAAGACGCAUACUAAAGUUGUUUUGUAUAUUAACCACGACUUUCUUUUGGAGAAAGACUUAUGGGCUCGCCUGCAUGAGCAAGACAUCAUCAAACUUUACAAGGGGAAUAAAGGACUAUAGGACUGGAACCGAAACACUAUCAAGUCCACAUUUUUUUUAGAAAUUGUUAAUUUCUUUUUUGCUCAUAUUCUGUUUAAAUGAACACGUUAAAAAGGGUUUUCAGAGAUAAAUUUACUGAUACAUAUCCUCUGGGUAGGUCAUCGGUGUCUGAUCGGUGGGGGUCUGACAACCUGGACUACCGCUGUUCUCGGAUGUUUGAGAUUUCACCGGUACUCAGUGCAGUGCAGCGGGCUUCUCUCGGCUCACCAAGCACAGCGUCGUUCAUUUCUUAGUGGCUGUGCUUGGUAUCACAGCUCAGAUCCAUUUACUUCAAUGGGGUUGAGAUGCGCCUAGGUCAUAUGACCGAUGCAUGUGACGUCACUGGGCCUAGGUAAAGCUACAAGAAGGCCUUGGCGCUAACUGCGAGAGCUGGUGCCUUCUCAAACAGCUGAUCGGUGGGGGUCCUGGGUGUCGGACCUUCACCGAUCAGAUACUGAUGGCCUAUCCAGAGGGUUCAUCAAUUAGUAAAAAUAUCUAAGAAAACCCCUUUGACUGAGUUAAAUAAAUCUGAAUUUUAAAUGUGUUAAAUGGGUGAUUGUCAUUCUGGAAAUAAAAGGUGUUAGGACAGUCCAGCUUUUACAAGGGUGCCAUUCUUUUCUCCUCUGUUUCUACUCCACCUCCUUUCUCAUUGCUUUAUGGGGAGGACCAUGGCAUCUAGGACUAUCCUUUCUGGGUUGAAAGAAAUCUCUCA